AGAGGAGGGUGCAUGACGCACGGCGCAAUUACAUGAACGAAUUUUGGGGGAGAGGUGCACGCGCGUAAAUACCGAAAGAGGGAGAUUAAAGAGAGCAGAUAAAAAUGACAGGUUUGUGUUGUUGGAGACAUUAAAGGUCGUCAGAGUCGCGCCUUGGAGACGGACGGACGGAGAGGAAAAAGCAGAAAAGAGGAUUUGUUGACAAAAUCACCAAGUUGGAGAAGCUCCUCCUCUCCGUGAUGUAGCCGCGAGUCGGAACCUCCUUAAUUACUAAUUUCUCUACAUCCAAGCCACGCUCUCUCUCUCUCCUCCCUCCCUCUCUCGGUCUGUUUCUAUUCUCUCUCUCCACUCCUCCAUCCAUGCAUCUCUCAUCCUGACCCUCCUUUCUCUCUCCUCUCUGUCUCUCUUUCGUUUCCAGCCCGGAUAACGGAGGUGGACGAGCUUGGAGUUGUUGUUAUUUUUUUUCUUAUUAUUUAUUCCUCGUUUUUGGGAGACCCGCCACCGGGCAUGGAGGAUGUAAAAGACCCGCCGACCGUCCACCGGUCCUCCUCCUUCAGUAUCAAGAGCCUCCUGCUGCCCUCCAAGUGCGACAGACCAGACUCCGGUGCGGCUGCUGCUACCGCCGCCGCAGUCGUCGGCAUCCCCGGGACCUUCUCUCCUUCCCCGGGCUCCGACUCUGAGAAGUCGCUGGACCCACCGGAGGUUGACUCCACGGCUGCGGCUUUGGACCCGGAGAAGCCGGGCAAGGAGGAGCAGGGGGAAGAGGAGGAGGAGGGCGGAGGGGGAGGCGGAGGAGGGGACGGCGCCAAGGCCACGCCGGAGCAGAAUACUAACGGUAAUAACAGCGGGAAAAACGGGAAAUAUGACAAGCCUCCGUUCAGCUACAACGCCCUGAUCAUGAUGGCCAUCCGGCAGAGCCCCGAGAAGCGGCUCACGCUGAACGGCAUCUAUGAGUUCAUCAUGAAAAACUUCCCGUAUUACCGGGAGCACAAGCAGGGCUGGCAGAACUCUAUCCGGCACAACCUGAGCCUCAAUAAGUGCUUCGUUAAGGUGCCCAGGCACUACGACGACCCGGGGAAGGGGAACUACUGGAUGUUGGACCCGAGCAGCGAUGAUGUUUUCAUCGGAGGGACUACCGGGAAGCUCCGCAGGCGCUCCGCCACCUCCCGGGGCAAGCUGGCGAUGAAGCGCGGGCUGCGCUUCGCUCCUCUCGGCUUGGGGAUUAACGAGCGGGCGAACAACCCGCUCUACUGGCAGAUUUCUCCGUUUCUCUCCCUGCACCAUCACCACCACCAUCACCCGCACUACAACGGAUCCUCACCCGGGUUUUUGAACCAGGCAGCCGGCUACGGGUCGCUGCUGCCCGCAGUGGAGCAGCUGAGCAACGGGGACCUGGGGCGCUCCAUCCUUGGAGGGUCGGCCGCCGGGGCGCUGGGUUUGACGAACAGUUACGGGAUGAGCACGUCGCCAGUCGGGCUGCUCUCCGGACAGACUGCCGGGUAUUUUGUCUCAGGGACCCAACACGCAGCGGCACCGGGGCCGCCGGGAGGAGGACCGCCUCCUCCGCCGCCGCCGCCGCAUCUCCAGCAGAGCGCACAGGGGUUCGGCGGCCUGGCGACCAGCAGCUCCCCGCAGUCCCUGCUGUCGGACUCCCUCAGAAACAGCUCCCUACCAGCCUUCUCCCCGAGCGUGUCCGCGGGGUUCCCCGGGGUGCUGUCCCAUCAAAAGAGGGUGACCCCAAACGCCUUCCUAAACUGAACUCCCCCCUUACCCUCACCCUUCUCCCCCAUCAACUCUCCAUGGAUGGCACCGGGACGAGGACGCACAAAAGACGUCAUGUUAAGGGCAAAUAAUAAGUGGUAAAUAUCAAACAUUGAUCGCAAAAAAUAUAUAUGAAGUGACACUUUUUGGCCAUAUUCUGCCCCGAAGAGCAACGGGUUUAUUUUGGUGAUUUUUUUUGUCGCAUUUGAUUGAAAAAGGGACAAACUUUUGUUACCCGCGGGUUGUACAACUGUAAACUAGACUUGCCAAAGGUAACGCUUUAAGUAUAUUUCAAGCUAUUUAUAUCUUGUACAAAGAUUUUCAGUACUUUCUUUGAGUCUUUUAUUUAUGUUUUGUAUUUAUUGUACAAUGUAUUUAAA